AUGGCUAAUAAUCCCCAGCCCCGUUUCUCCCGGCGGGACGAGAACCUCAUCGGCUCAUCGUCUGCCGCUCGCUUUGAACGCUCUAUCCGUGGGGCCUUCGAUCGAAACAUGACUUGUCCCGUUCAGGAGGCAGACUGCGAUGUAUUUUUGGGUAAAUUCAGAGUAGGCAGCGAGGCAAAGUCAUGA